CGCACUAGUUGAUACAUAGUUUUAUUACGGAUACCUCCCCGUGACCUCGGGUCUAGUAAUCAAAAGUGAACCCUAGACCCACGGGGUAAUCAUUGGGUUCUCAUGUGCACAUUAUGGUAUGAUUAUUUGUGGGCUCAUGCACUUGGACACAUACGAUCCAGCCUUAUAAGAUAUGGAGUUCGAUUCUCACGGCAUUCCAACAAUGACUGGUCUAGCUGGCCAAGCGGCUCUUAGCCGGCUUUCUCUACCAAAACCUUCAUGGUCUAACCCGAGACCGUUGAGAUUCUCGUUGAAGAGGAGACCCAGCCGACUCAGGAGGCAAUGAAGAAUCCCUCGCUCGACAAGGGGAAAAAGCCCUGGGUGAAGAAAGUGGCCACCACCCAUCCCUCUGCUAAGCGGAAGAGGGGGGAUAGCCAACUGGGUUCUCCUUCCGUGGAGGAGCUGUGGGUUCAGCUAGGCCUCAGGCUGAAAGAGCUUGGUGAGGUGGGGCCAUAUGUUGCUGAUCAGUUAAACGGAGGCUCUCCCUCCAGGAUUGCCCGACUGGAGGAGAAAGUGACAGAAGGGGAGAAAAGGGCCCGGGAGCUAAGGUCCGUGAUCAUGAGACAAACGGAUGAGCUAGCGAAGCUUACCAAAAUUGUUGGCACGGUUGGGGCUGAAAAUCUGCACCUAAAGAAGGAGAAUACCCGGUUGAUGGAUGAGGUCUCCCAGCUAAAAGAGGUGCUGGAGUUGAAGGAGCGGGAGCUGCUUGGUUGGGCCCGGGUGUGGGUGGAGGAGAACAAGACUGAAGUCGCCUGGGUCCUGACAUCUACCCCGGAAGCUACAAUGGAGUCCUUCUAGCUUCUUUACCGGGAGCAGGAAGGAGGGAAGAUAAUCACCACAGUGGGCACCAUUGGCUUCAAGAUGGGCCAAAAAAAGACCAGGCGGCGACCAAUGCAUCCUUGCAGCCCGGGAUCUAGAAUUCCCUGUAGCUUGGUAUGGUCUCCCUCUAAUCCUUGAAGAUGAACCGGCACCCCCUUCCCCUUAGAUUAGUUUUCUCUUUCUGUUGUCUUUAAUGUAUUUUCCCCGGGCAUAUUGUAACGACU